GACACGUCGAGGUUUGCAAAGUUGGGUUUGGACAUGAAUGAUUUCGCGUACUGCGACAAGUCCCUUCCUUACGCAGUUAGGGUUAAGGAUUUGAUUGACAGAAUGACGUUGUCUGAAAAAGCGCGACAAAUAGGAGAUACUGCUUUUGGUGUUGCUAGGAUUGGUCUUCCUAAAUAUGAAUGGUGGUCUGAGGCAUUACAUGGUGUUUCUAACGUUGGACAAUAUUAUAGUUUAGCUUCGUUUUUUGACAAAGUUGUUCCUGGGGCUACAAGUUUUCCUACUGUUAUUACUACUGCUGCAUCUUUUAAUGAGUCAUUGUGGAAAGCAAUAGGCCAGGCUGUUUCAACAGAAGCAAGGGCUAUGUUUAACCUAGGACAUGCUGGUCUAACAUUUUGGAGUCCAAAUAUUAAUGUAGUAAGAGAUCCUAGAUGGGGACGAGUUUUAGAAACACCUGGAGAAGAUCCUUUUGUUGUUGGGAAAUAUGCCUCUAAUUAUGUUAGAGGCUUACAAGAUGUCGAGGGCACGGAAAACGCUAAAGACUUGAACUCGAGACCUCUGAAAGUAGCCGCGUGUUGCAAACAUUAUGCAGCUUAUGAUGUUGAUAAUUGGCUCGGUGUUGAUCGCUACCAUUUCGAUUCACGGGUGACAGAGCAAGAUAUGAUGGAAACAUUUCUUAAACCCUUUGAAAUGUGUGUUAAAGAAGGUGAUGUUACAAGUGUAAUGUGCUCAUAUAAUAGGAUUAAUGGAAUUCCAGCAUGUGCUGACCCAAAGCUUCUAAAAGGCAAAAUUAGAGGAGACUGGGAUCUUCAUGGGUAUAUAGUUUCAGAUUGUGAUUCCAUUGAAGUUAUGCUUCAUGGUCACAAAUGGUUAGGAGAUGAACCUGAAGAUGCUGUUGCACAAGGCCUAAAAGCAGGGUUGGAUUUGGAUUGUGGCAACUACUACACAAAUUAUGCUGGCAAUGCAGUUGUACAAGGAAAAGUAAAAGAAUCAGAAAUAGAUGAAUCUCUCACAAAUUUGUAUUUUGUGCUAAUGAGGCUAGGGUUUUUUGAUGGUAGUCCAAAAUUUGAAAAGCUUGGAAAAGAACAAAUUUGUUCUAAGGAAAACAUUGAAUUAGCAACACAAGCAGCAAGAGAAGGGAUUGUUCUUCUUAAAAAUGAAGACCAAGUUUUGCCUUUGAAUUCUAAAAAGGUUAAAACUAUUGCUGUUGUUGGACCUCAUGCUAAUGCUUCCAAUGCCAUGAUAGGCAAUUAUGCAGGUAUUCCAUGUAAGAUUACAACACCAAUACAUGGAUUUUCAUUAUAUAGCAAAGUGGACUAUAAAGCAGGAUGUGGAGAAAUUUUGUGCAAAAAUGAGAGUUUAAUAUUCCCAGCAAUGAAAGCUGCUAAAAAAGCAGAUGCAACUGUUUUAAUUGUGGGAUUAGAUUUAAGUGUUGAAGCAGAAAGUUUAGACAGAGUUGAUUUAUUACUUCCUGGCUACCAAACUCAACUCAUAAAUCAAGUUGCUCAAGUUUCAAAAGGUCCUGUUAUUCUUGUAAUUAUGUCUGCUGGUGGUAUUGAUAUUUCAUUUGCCAAAAAUAAUCCUAAGAUUAAAAGUAUUAUUUGGGCUGGAUAUCCUGGUGAAGAAGGUGGUCGUGCCAUUGCUGAUGUUGUUUUUGGAAGUUACAACCCUGGAGGAAAACUACCAUUAACAUGGCAUGAAAAUAGUUAUGUGGAUAUGUUACCAAUGACUUCAAUGCCAUUAAGGCCAAUUGACAACUUAGGGUACCCUGGUAGAACUUACAAAUUUUACAAUGGAUCAACUGUAUAUCCAUUUGGAUAUGGUCUUAGCUAUACGAAUUUCACCUACAACUUAUUAUCAGCACGACAAAAGAUUCAAGUAAAACUCAACAAAUUUCAGCACUGUCGCGAUCUGAAUUACACUGCAGGCACUCACGUGUCACCUUGCCCUGCAGUAUCAAUCGACGACUUGAAAUGUGGGGACGAUCUCAAUUUCGACUUCUCGAUUGAAGUAGAGAAUAUUGGGAAAAAAGAUGGAAGUGAUGUUUUAAUGGUUUAUUGGAUUCCACCUGAAGAUAUUGCUGAAGCUCCACUUAAACAAUUGAUUGGUUUUAAGAAGGUUUUUGUGAAAAUUGGAGAGAAAAAGAAGGUUGAUUUUGUGUUAAAUGCUUGCAAAAAUUUGGGCAUUGUGAAUUAUAGAGCUUAUAAUCUUUUGGCUGCUGGUGGACAUAAUUUUGUAAUUGGAAAUGGAAAGCUUUCAUUUCCAGUUCAAGUUAGUUUUCACCGAUGA